CGGACAUUUGUCGCUAUCAUUAGUGAAUCCAUCGAAGAAUACAAGAACUAAACGAGAUGUUAAUCAAAAUGAAGAAAUUGAAAAUUACCUGAAAAUUCGCACAAAAUAUUCACUGACAAUGACCAAAAGAAUAACAAAGAGAUCGACAGAUGAAAAGGAAAAGUUGGAAACUUUGAUGGAAAUGGAGUCUAAACUAAAUUUAAAAGGAGAGACAAUUGUUUCAGAAUCGACAGCAGCCCUGAAUCUGGAAGUGAUGCUCAACGAAGACAAAUCCAGUUCUUCAACUAAAUAUCUCAUCAAUGCUAACAUUAAUGACAAGAAAGUUACAGAAGUUUGCGGCCAAAAGUUGUCUUUAAAAAACAAACAAUGCUUUGAUUUGCUUAUAAUUUUAGUGCAAUCGCAGUCAAGUAUAGCUCAAACUCUGCUAAUCAAUGGAUUCAAAACGGAAAAUACUAUUGAUGUCAAAAAUGAAUUUCUCAAACUUUUGGUUCAGUCACCGAAUCCACAGAAUUGGUUAAUAAAUGAUUUGAUGGAUAUAAUGAGAGCUGAGAGUAGCACUAAUAUUGAGGGCAUCUUAUUGUUAGCUAUCAGUAAUUUAGGAUAUCAUUCAAAAUCAAUAGACAUUCAGAAUAAGAUUUCGGAUAUUUUGAGACAUAGAUUGCAUGAAUUGGACUGUAAUUCAGAAGAAGACUCGUCUAUACUCGUGGACACAUUGGAGGCCAUUGGAAAUCUUGGCCACAAUUCGACCAUUCCUUACAGCAUUAGGUUUGGCGACUCUUGUCUCCAAUCGGAUUCAAUAAGAGUGGCCGCCAUUCACUCGUGUCGACGACUUUUACUUCAUCCUGAAGUCCAAAAAUGGUUCCUUAAGUUACUUAAAGAGCCGACAAAUUCAUGUGUUAUUAAACAAGAAGUGGUGAAUGCGUUGAUUGAAGACAUAAACGCUAUCGAAAUGAGUGGUCAUUCGAGCCAUUGGCCAAAAGUUGAUUUCAAUGAAAUCGAUAAUAUUUUAAGCGAGAAUUUAAUUCAGAUUAAACACAACCAAUGCUUUCAAGAAAAUAUAAUCAGAUAUUUUGAGCGCAAAAGUAAUGCUAAAGCGAAGGCUGUCCUAAAGAAAGCUAAAAGGAUUCGUUCAAAACGAGCCGUUUUCGACAGUUUUUGGACCGAAAGUUAUUGCAAAGAAUGGGUUCCAGAGGAAGGCAAGAAAGAGGGCCCAAAUCCUACGGCAAGCGAUGCGGCGGUUAUUAUAUCCGAUCGGAUACGAGAAUCAGAAGACACGGAAUCAAACGUAUAUCUUAAGCGCAGAAAAUGUUCGGCCACUAAAACGUUUGGACCAAAUCAGGCGCAGGCGGUCUUCAGGGCUGACAUAGUGAACGACGCGUCCGGUUCUAUGGAUAAUCCCGACUAUAAACUGAUGGCACAGUUUGUCGCCGGCACUCACUUUCUCGGCAAAGAUAUAGACGUCGGCAAAAUGUAUGUUUACCACAAGAAGGACUCCUCCAGAGCCUAUGUCAACGUAUUUGGCAACACAUUAGUGGACACAUCGGCCAGCAAUUGCAACGGCACUACAGUUCAGCCAUAUCUCACUUCUAAUUACUUCCCGAUCUAUGAUUUC